AUGGAGGUGCCUGGCACCUCCAAGGCGCUGCUGGAUCGAAAAUACCGGACAUGGCACGAGGAUUGGCUGCUGCUGGUCCGAUUGCAACAGCGCGCGCUGCAGGCAGACAUCUCCUUGCAUCACUCGACUUUGCGGUCAGCUCACUGGGCCUUCUCCGCCCUGUUGCUGCAGAAGUUCGUGGCCACAGAGGUGAGCUUCGGCUGCGCGCUGACAGCUGUGGCCAGGGAGCAGCUAGCAACUUGGGCGACCUGCUUGAGCCUCCUGCAGGCUUCCCUGGCCGCAUCGUUCCUGAGCCUCAUCUCGCAAAACAUUGUCAUUGCAGCUUGCGGCAAGGCGGCCUUGUGGAGAAGGUCGCUAUCGCUGCUGGUGGCAUCUUCCUUGCAGCGGUUGCAGCCAAGUGCUUCGAGCAUCGGAGGGCUGCUUACGGCCUUGGAGCGAGGUGGCGCUUGGGCUGCAGCUCUUGACGUGCUCAGCCUCGCCAGAUUCCAGCCCAGCUGGAUUCAUGGAAGGAAGGGCGGCGUCGUGUCGGUCACCUGGAACGCCGGAAUCAGUGCCUGCGCGGCCGGCGGAUGGAAGUGGGCUGUGCAUUUGGUCGAGGGCGACGUGUGGAGAGGCAUAUCGAGGGACAGCGUCGGCACGGCCGGCUUCAACAAGGCUCUGGCUGCCUGCGGGGAGGAGACUUGGGUCGUCGCGGUUCGACUCCUCCGGCAGUUGUUCAGGGCAGGCCCCGAGCCGGACACCUCCAGCCUGUGCUCUGCGAUGGGCGCCUGCGCUGCGGGGCUCGCCUGGGUGUGGUGCCUUCAGCUGCUGGCGGCCGCGGGUGCCUGCGGCCUGGCCACCGACUCCGCCAGCCGCCGGGCCGGCGCCAAGGCCUUCGAGUGGCGCUGGACGCUGCGGCUGCUGAGGAAUUGCGAGCGCUCAGCGCGCACCACCUCUGCGAUGAUUUCUGCCUGUUCCUGGGAGCUUGGCGCGGUCGCCAUGGCGGAGGCAGCGUCCUUCUACGUGGAGUCUGACGUCGCGAUGCACAAUGCGGCCUUGGGCACUCUGGCAGGUGGCCACCAGUGGCGGGCCACCUUUCACCUGGCCCAACACCCUCGCCUGCGGCCCCGCCUGCGCCGGACGCCGGCGGCGGCCAACGCGGUGGCCGUGGCGGCGGGGCGGGGCAGGUGCUGGGCGCUGGCCUUGCAGGAGCUUCCUCAGGAUGCCUCCGCCCUGGGGGCGGUGGUCUCGGCCUGCGCCGAAGCGCGGCGCUGGAGGAGGUGCCUGCAGCUGCUCUCCCUCCCGAAGUUGGACAGCUCGCUGGCUGCUCACAAUGCAGUGAUCACGACGCUGGGUAAGCAGACGCUGUACGACAAGGCCUCGAAGCUGAUGCGAAAGGUGUGCUUGAGACUGAGGCCCAGCAUUGUCACCUUCAAUGCAGCCCUGGAUGCCGUUGGCACCUCCGGCCGGACCCGGGGCCUGCUGCAGGCGAUGCACUUGAGAAUGGUCCAGCCGGACGAGUUCACGUACUACUAUGCCAUUAGCGCUUGUGAUGGCAGCAGCAGCCUCAAUGAGCAAGAUAAGAACCGUAGGCAAGAUCCUGUUGCAUGA